AUGGUCGUCCUCCACCAGUACGACUACAUCUUUGCCAUCGGCACCAUCUUCGCGUUCCUGGACGCGUGGAACAUUGGUGCCAACGAUGUCGCCAACUCCUGGUCCACGUCGGUCUCGUCCCGAUCCCUGUCCUACAUCCAGGCCAUGACGCUCGGUUCGAUUCUCGAAUUCGCAGGAUCCGUCGGUGUCGGUGCCCGAGUCGCCGACACCAUCCGAACCAAGGUCGUCGACAUCGACCAGUUCGAGUCCGAUCCCGCUCUUCUCAUGCUUGGCAUGAUGUGUGCCGUUGUUGCUUCCUCCAUCUACCUCACCAUCUGCACCCGAAUUGGUCUUCCCGUCUCCACCACCCACUCCAUCAUGGGCGGUGUCAUCGGCAUGGGCAUCGCUCUUGUUGGCGCUGACGGCAUUCACUGGGCCGAGUUGGACAAGGGAAUCAGCUCCGGUGUCGUCUCCGUAUUCCUCGCCUGGAUCAUAGCACCCGGUCUGGCCGGUGCCUUCGCCGCCAUCAUCUUCCUCAUCACCAAGUACGGCGUCAUGCUCCGAAGCCAGCCCGUCUGGAAGGGUCUCUUCCUGGUCCCCAUCUACUUCGGCAUCACCGCCUCGCUCCUCACCAUGCUUAUCGUCUGGAAGGGUGGUUCCAUCAAGAUCAGCUUCACUGACGCCGAGACCGCUGGUAUGAUUGUUGGUGUCGGUGCCGCCUGGGCCUUGGUCAUCGCCACCUUCCUCGUCCCCUGGCUAUACCGCCUCGUCAUCAAGGAUGACUGGCAACUCCGCUGGUACCACAUCCCCCUGGGACCCCUGCUGCUCAAGCGCCCCGAGCCCCCUGCCCAGCCUGAGGGCGCCGAGGGCGGUAUCCAGAACUUCUACGAGGGCCACCUUACUCGCGAGGAGCUCAACGAGCUCCGACGUGCCGGCCGCAACGGCAGCGACGAGUUCGAGCGCGCCGACGACGAGAACAACACCAACACUGAGACCAAGCAGGCCUCUCGCGACGACUCUGCCGAGCACACUGAUCCCGAGCCCGUCGAGCGCAAGGAGAAGAAGAGCAUUGUCGGCCCCAAGCCCGACGGCCCCGUCUACAGCCCCGCCGUGCUCUUCUGGUACCUCAAGUUUGUCUUCCUCCAGGGUGUCGACCAGGACAUUGUCCACCUGCAGAACUCCAAGGGUGUCCUGAGCGGCGAUCUCGAGGAGAUCCACGCCAACGUUCCCCACUACGACAACCGCACCGAGUACCUCUACACCUUCCUCCAAGUCAUGACUGCUGCCACUGCCUCCUUCACCCAUGGAGCCAACGAUGUGUCCAACGCCAUCGGCCCCUAUGCCACCAUCUUCCAGAUCUGGCACACUGGUGUCCUCAAGGACAGCAAGUCUGAUGUCCCUGUAUGGAUUCUCUGCUUCGGUGGUGCCGCUAUCGCUCUUGGUAUCUGGACUUAUGGUUACAACAUCAUGCGCAACUUGGGUAACCGCCUGACUCUCCACUCUCCCUCUCGAGGUUUCUCUAUGGAAUUGGGAUCCGCCGUCACUGUCAUCCUCGCUACCCGUCUUAAGCUCCCCGUCUCCACCACCCAGUGUAUCACCGGUGCUACCGUCGGUGUCGGUCUAUGCUCCGGCACCUGGCGCGCUAUCAACUGGCGCAUGGUCGCUUGGAUUUACAUGGGCUGGUUCAUCACCCUGCCCGUCGCCGGUAUCAUCUCCGGCUGCCUCUGCGGUAUCAUUGUCAACGCUCCCCGCUGGGGUUAUGAGGGUUAAGCUUCUCCCUCGGAGUUUGAGCACUUGUAUCGUGACUAUAGUAGAGGGGACGGUAGGACCUAGAUUGGUUACACAAACCUGAAUAUUUCAUUUUUACUAUUACGCAGAGAUCAUGGCUCAC